AUGCAAUUCACCGUUCUCAUACCCGUCUUGCUUUCCGCCCUAAGCCUCACUAGCGCUCUCCCCGACGGUCAGGCUUCCACCUGGAAUUGCACCAACUUCGAACUCAACUGCUCUCCGGGCGGCUGUGCAUACCGCUUCAAUAUCAGCGCUCCCCAGUCGGAGAACGCACCCGGCUUCAGCACCUACUGCGAGGGCCUCACUCCCAAUGCAACCGCCUGCGCUAACGACACCAUCACCGCGGCUGUCAGUCCGUUAACCAACCCCAAGUGGAACGUCAAGGUCCAGCACGAGUGGCACGUCAUUGAGGAGGAGUACAACUCCGAGGCCACUUACUGGCAGGCCGGCAGUGCCAACGUCACCGAGACCACCACAGCCUUCCUCAUCACGCCCAACGUCUUCUACGGCGUUGCCUAG